CUAACUCAACCAACUUCUUCAAUCACUUCACAACCACCACCUAGUGCAUUCUCCAAUCUUACAAGUUUUCAUUUCCAUAACUGUAUAUAGGAUAAUACUUGGGUGACAUUGUGAUAACAUAGGUUAUUGCUUCCUUCAUCCAAACUUUCACUACUAAUGCAGUUAACGGGUUUGUUCAGUUUUGAUAUAUGGGAUAGUAGGUUGGUUACUCAAUCAAUACAGUUAAUGGGUAUGCUCAGUUUCUGGAUUUCAUUUACAAAGUUUAGAACUUUAAUCUCAAGGGUUUUUGGUUUUAUUCACAAAAUUAUGAAGGGUAAUUGCAAUGCUUGGAUCUUAGUUUCUUUCAAUGUGUUAGUCACAACUGGGUCUUUGAUUUCCUUCAUGUUAGUACUUUCAUGGGUUUAUUCAUAUGCAUUUCCCACUCCUAAUUCAGUGAUUAAGAGUUAUGAUGAGAUUAAUCCUAACACUAAUAGUAAUAGUUCUCAUUUACAUGCUCAGAGCUAUGUUGAGGCUCUAAAAUCCAACGUUUCAAGGGAUGCAUGUAAUGUGUUUGAUGGAAGUUGGAUUCAGGAAGGUAGUUAUAGUUAUAGUUACCCUUUAUAUGAUGCUUCACAAUGUCCAUUUGCAGAAAAAGGUUUUAAUUGUUUUGCGAAUGGGCGUAAAGAUAGAGGUUACACAAAAUGGAGAUGGAAACCUAAGAACUGUGAUAUUCCAAGGUUUGAUGCACGUAGAAUACUCGAAAAUCUUCGUGGGAAAAGAGUGGUUUUUGUUGGUGAUUCAUUGAGUAGGACUCAAUGGGAGUCUUUGAUAUGUAUGUUAAUGACAGGUGUUGAGAAUAAGAAGAGUGUUUAUGAAAUCAAAGGCAAUAAGAUCACCAAACAGAUUAGGUUUCUAGGUGUAAGGUUUAGUUCUUUUGAUGUUAGAAUCGAUUUUUAUCGUUCUGUUUUUCUGGUGAAGCCUGGUUCGGUGCCUAGAUUUGCGCCUAAAAGAGUGAAGACGACACUGAAAUUGGACAAGAUAGAUGAUAUUAGCCAUGAAUGGGUUGAUUCUGAUGUUCUUAUAUUCAAUUCAGGUCACUGGUGGACAAGGACUAAGCUUUUUGAUAUGGGCUGGUAUUUUCAGGUUGGUAGCUCACUGAAGCUUGGAAUGCCAAUUAAUUCAGCUUUCAAAACAGCUUUGCUCACCUGGGCAUCUUGGGUAGAUAAUACAGUUAACACAAACAGGACAAGAGUAUUCUUCCGAACUUUCGAAUCAUCGCAUUGGAGUGGACAUAACCAUAAUGCUUGCAAAGUGACUAAAAGGCCUUGGAAGAGAACUAUAGGCAAGGACAAAAGUCCAAUUUCAGAUAUGAUCAAAAGAGUUGUGAAAGAUAUGAGUGCUCCUGUGACGGUGCUGCACGUGACACCGAUGGAUGCAUAUAGGAGUGAUGGCCAUGUGGGAACUUGGAGUGACAAACCAUCUGUACCUGAUUGCAGUCAUUGGUGUUUACCUGGUGUUCCUGAUAUGUGGAAUGAAAUUCUCUUCUCAUACUUGCUACAAAAAGAUGAAGCAAGUUAACAUUAAAGCCAGUAGUAACAUGUGAUGUGUUAGUUAGUGGUUGUAUUAUUGAUUUUCCAUAUGUAUUAAACAAGCAAAAGUCAUUACUAGUAUAACAUGAGUAAUUAGGUUAUACACCCCUGUAGAGAAUGUGACAUGUUGUAACAAAAAAAGAGAGCAUGUGACUUACUCCCUCGUCUUUAGCUAGUAAUAAUAAAUUAAGUUAGUACUUUAAGAAGAACUUGUAAGUAGAUUAAAAUACUAUUUCUAUCUAUGAUUAUUCCAGCUCAAAGUUUAUCCAAAUGUGUUGUAAUGAAGAGUUUACCAUAAAAGGGAGGUGUUAUCCCUAUUGUAAAUAAUUGUUCAACAAUCAUUAUCAUUAACAAGACUUCUCACCAAUUAUAAGUGA